AAGUGCCCGAGGCUGACGUCACGCAGCGGGUUCAGCGGAGCUCGGUCGUGCAGUGCCCCGCGGCCGGUGCAUCUUUUUCCCCGGUCAGUGGGGCUCUAGGAAGCAAACCAUGGCAGAGCUCGAAGACGUAACGCUGGACGGAAGGCCGCUUGACAGCCUACGGGUCACCGAUUUGAGAGCCGCGCUAGAGGAGCGGGGACUGGCCAAAAGCGGCCAAAAAAGCGCACUUAUGAAGCGUCUUAAAGGGGCAUUGAUGCUGGAAAAUCUACAGAAACACUCUACUCCCCAUGCUGGUUUCCAGCCAAAUUCACAGAUGGGAGAGGAGAUGGGACAAAACAGUUUUAUUAAACAGUAUCUAGAGAAGCAACAAGAGUUACUUCGCCAGAGACUACAGAAAGAAGCCAGAGAGGCUGCAGAAACUGGAGAGCCUUUAGUAGAAUCUGAGGAUGAGAACAUACCCACUGACAUGGUUCCAGAGCCACCUGAUCUAAUCCGGUCUGUCAUGAAGAUUCCAGAAGAAGGGCUGCAAAAGCGCACACCAAAAAAAUGCCAACCAGUUUUGGAAGAGCCUGAGGAUUCAGAGGAAGAGCUUCCUCGAAAGAGAGAGAGGAGAUCACCCCGGGUAAAGCAGGCCAAAACAUUAAAGCCUUUGGUGCUGGCGCAGCCAUUACAGGAGCAGGAGCCGCGCCGAGUAUCUACACGUGUGCGGCGGUCCAAAGGGGAUGCAAACACUUUAAAAGAAGAAGCAGAAGAUGUGGGGGAAGAGGAAGAAGAGAUAGACGAAGAUCAGGAGGUGAAACUAGAUGAAGAAACUCCCAAAAGAAGAAGAUCUUCUACAAGGACAGUCACCCCUCAGCAACCCCAGAAGUCACCAGGACCAAAUCGGUCACCUUCUCCAUCUGGUUUGACAGAAAGAAGGUGCAGAACACUAUCGGCUGAGGCAGAACAAGUGCCUGAGGAGAGGGUUCCACCAUUGCUGCCUUUGGAAGGCAUACGGCAACAGAUGUCCGAGAAGCAUACAUCUCCAGAAUCUGAAAAAUCAGUAUCCCCAAAGUUUCAAAUAGACAGGAGUUACAAAUCUCCUCAGAAGUGGGGGCGUCAAACAAGGGAGAAGAUAGAACGAGGUUUAGAGCCAGAUGCACAAAAGUAUCAGGAAUCUUCUUUUGUUAUCCGACAAACAUCAAGUUGGAGCCAGGAAAGUGAAAAGAUUAAAAUUAAACAUCAAGAACUCAAGCUGAAUGAGGAGAAGGAGGGGGAACUAAAACCGUUAUUUAUAACAAAAAGUCCAACAUCAAAGGAUAUAAAACCAAGCCCUGCACUGGUUCUUAUUAAGCCACCUUCUCAAGGAAGGUCAGACAGAAAGACAACUCUGGGAGACCAUAGCAUUCAAAUAGUGGAAAAGUCAUCGGGAAGAGGUGUCCAAGCCAUGUCUAUAUUAGAAAAACAAGAGCCAGCCACAAAUACAAGUGUCAAAGAAGACAGCAAAUCCUUGCAAAUACCUAUAUGCCCUGAUAUUGAAAGAUCAGAAACAGAGUCUUUGCCUGAAAUAGAUCAGAAUGUUCCAAGACAGUCUGUAACAGACUAUGAACCUGAACCUGAAAAGCCACUAACAGUUUCCUCCAUAGGUGCACCUGCCAUAACCAAAAUGAGAAAACUGAAAAUUAAGACACUUAAAAGUACAUAUGAUCAUUCACAACAUGAUAUAGCAAAAAUAGGACAUGCACAUAUCCAUACCAAUUUGGAAAAGGAGACACCAGAUUUAAGUGAAAUUAUUGUAUGCAGAGAUGUACCAUUUGUGCCUCAAAUAAAGGAAUGUGAGCAACAAUCAGAGCAUAAAACUGCAACUCCUCAUCCAAAAGAAGAGUUGGAUAACACAUCUGUAAUGAGUCAGCAGGAAGAUAAUAGGGAGACUACAGAGCAUAAAGAGGCAGAGGAAAGUAUGGAGACUGAGGAACAUGUGGAUACUAAAGAACACGGGGAAAAGGGAGAAGAUACCAGUUAUAUUAUUUCUGAUCAAGAAAAACUGGUGGAAAAACCACGAAUUAGUUCCCCUUGUUUAUCUGUUUUAGAGAUAGCAGAGGAACCUAGCCUCCCUGAGCAUGCUAUGAGAGAAGAACUCAUUGUUCCCUGUGAAAUGAAUGCAGCAAAUCCUCCUACAGCUCUAAGUCAUUCUGUCAAAGACAUAUCCUUGAAAAUUCAGGAAACUUCAGUAUUAAAGCCUGAAGAAGAAGUGCCACAAAGUAUUCAAGAAGAUAUUCAUGUAGAGCUAAUAAAUACCAAAGAACAGGAAAGAGCAUCUUUAGAGACAGUGAAGGAAAUUGAUUCUGAAGACACAUCUGAAACUGUUUUAUGUGUCACAUCAACUACAUUACUGUCACAUGACACAUCUGUAUGUACAGAAGUUAAGCCAUCUCCAGUAUAUUUGCAAGAAAAAGAUUCUCCAAUUUUGGUGUCGCCAACAGAGGAUGUUGCAGUAGAGGAAGCUUUGGAACCACCGCAAGACAUUCCUGGCUUUAUAGAGGAAGUAACACCUUUAAAAAGCCCAGAGACAAAUAUACAAAUGGCAGCAGAGAAAGACACCAGUCCAAUAAAUGAUGAAGAUUCAAAAGAAAAUAUUCCAGAAGUAACCGUUCUACAAAUUACAACUGAAUCUGUAACUGAUUCUGUAGAUCAGGAAAUGUUUGAUAUGCCUAUAGUUCAAGAUACUCCUGAACUAGAAGCACCAGAAGAAAAAAAUACAUUUAUCCAAGAUAAAACUAAUAUCAUAGCAGUGAUCCAAAAUGUGCCUAAUGAAUUAAAGCCUGCUGAUGGUCUAGAACCUACAGUCGAUGUCAGCUUUGAAAAUAUCAGAGAUGAUGAACCUACAGCAGUUUUUGCACCUGAUGAAAGUUCUGUGGAGGUUCAAGAAACUACCAGUUCAGCAUCACAAAAACAUAUAGUACCUCUAGUAAUGGAAGAACCUCCCAUACCAGUACAGGAUGAUCACGGUUUAGACCUAGUGGCCAAAGAGAGCGAAUGUCCCUCGAAAAAUGAAUAUUCUGAAAUGAUGGCUUCAGAAAUGUUAACUGACAAUCAGACACCUGCUGAAACUGUGCAAUCAAAAGAGAGUGCCUCACUGAUUACCCAGGAAAGCAAUGAAUUAAAAAAUAGCAACACUAUCAGUGAAGGCAAUAAUGAUUCUCAACAAGAACUAUUCUUAGAAGAGAAGAUGGAAGAUACUUUGGAAGAUAGCAAGUCUGCUUUUUCUAUUAUGCAAGAACUAAACGUAAAUUCAGACAGCUUGCCACAAUCCACAAAUCCUGAGGAAAUUGUAGAUAAACCUACAAUAAGCACAACUAUUGAUGAGGAAAGCACAGAGUUUACUGAUUGCACAACAGUUGUACAGCUAGAUCAGCCAUCUAGUGUAGAAGCUGUAGAAACAUUGAAAAACAAUAUUGCAUCUGAAUCAGAAUGCCUAGCUCCCAUGGAAACUACACCAUCUACUGCCCUUGAGGAAUUAGAACCUAGCCCUGAAAACAAUGAAAUUGAGACUGCUAGAUUCCCUGAUUCCGAAAUGCCCUGCACAGAAGAAGCAGUAGAAAAACAAGAUGCCGCCGCAUGUGCAACAGAAGAACCUUCAUUACAUACAGACAAAGGUGAUUUAAGUGAUGAAAAAGAGGAUAUUUCUAUUGAGAAGGAAAUAAAGCAUGAUCCACAGGAGGAUGAACUGGUGGUUCCACUCAAGAGUUCACCACGAAGAAGAACUUCCUCCUCAUCAUCGUCAUCGUCCUCCUCCUCCUCUCGCUCAUCAAGCUCUUCUUCAGAGAGAUCAUCCCAUUCAAGACAUAGUUCCCAUUCUAAGUCAUCUUCUCCAGACAGGUACAGCCGGAGGUCUAGAUCUUCAUCUGUCUCUUCAUCUAAGUCAAGAUCUUCUUCAUGUCACAGUGACAAGGAGGCAACAAAAAUGGCAAGCCCUGAAGUAAUGAAUUCUCCUGAUCAUCAGCCUCCUAGAAGCCCGUCACUUCCUAAUCAAGAGUCAUCAGAGCUCCCACAGAGCACCUCUCCACCUCCUUCACCUAAAACAAUGCAGCUGCAGGAAGACCUAAUACCCCCAUUGAAUAAUACUGUUCAGCCAGGUCGUGGGGUACGUCGGCAGUUGCAUUCAGAUUCAGAAGACCCAGACAUGCAGGAACACACUAAAAGAAUAAAAUUGGAACAAGAUUCUGAGGAUCAGGACUCUAAAAGUCCAGUCCCAAGGGAGCAGGAGGUGGAAGAGGAGCAAAGUCCAGAAGCUGACAGUGGCACGCCAGAGAGUGAGGACGUGGUGAUGGAGGCUUCAGAGUGUCAAACAGAGGGUGAGACUCGAGAGGCUGCACCCCCACAAUCCUCGGAGGAAUUCUGUGAGGGAGAUGACAAAAAAGAGAGUACUACUCCACCAAGAACAUUCAAAAGGAAGAUCUCUGUUAUAUCUGCUGGUAAAUGUUCUACUCAGCCUUCAUCGUCCACUACAACAAACAGUGACAAUGAGGGUGCUCAUCCUGCAAGACGGAGGCGCUGGGGGGCCAGUACAGCAACAACACAGAAAAAACCCUCAAUAAGUAUCUCCACUGAAUCACUUAAGAAUCUUAUCCCAGAGAUCAAGGAGAUAAAGCAAGAAGCAGUGGUGGACCUUCAUGCUGAGGACACUCACAUUUCUGAAGAUGAGGCAGAGAGGAAUGGCGAUGAUGGUUCUCAUGAUAAAGGCCUCAAAAUUUGUAGAACGGUUACACAGGUGGUACCAGCAGAGAUUAAAGAGAAUGGGCAAGAGGAAGGAGAAGUAAAGGAGGAUGAGGCAGAAAAUGCUGCUGAACCAGAACCAGAUCCUGCUCCAGUGGAAAUUGAGGUAGCUCCUCCUGUUGAACCAGAAGUCAAGAAGCCCCCUGCAGAGAGUCCUGCAAGAGCAGAGGUUAGAGUAACAUUGGGAGAUACACUCUUAAGGCGUUCAAUCAGUCAGCAAAAGAGCGGUGUCUCUGUUACUAUAGAUGACCCUGUUCGAACAGCAUCUCAGCUUCCAUCUCCCCCACGCAACAAAAUAAGCUGUAUCGUGCAUAUCUGUAAUCUGGUCCGACCUUUCACUUUGGGACAACUAAAGGAGUUGCUUUCUCGUACAGGAGCUAUAAUAGAGGAGAACUUUUGGAUAGACAAAAUCAAAUCCCACUGCUAUGUCACGUACUCCACAACAGAAGAAGCAGUUGCAACUAGAAACUCUCUUCAUGGUGUGAAAUGGCCACAGUCCAAUCCAAAAUUUCUCUCUGUCGACUUUGCUGAGCAAGAUGAGUUGGACUUCCAUCGGGGUCUUUUGGUGGAGCGCCCACCAGAGCCAAAACCAGAGGAGCCACCUCAUCCCCAUCCACACAUCCCUGCUCUGCGAGGUGAGCACAGGGAACAUGACCGAGGAGCAAGAGAGCAGUGGGCAGAGAGAGAGCGAGAGAUGGAAAGAAGAGAGCGCACACGUUCAGAGAGAGAGUGGGAUAGAGACAAGAUCCGGGAAGGACCCAGAUCACGCUCUCGAGACCGUAGGAGGAAAGAACAUGCAAAGUCCAAGGAGAAGAAGAACGAAAAGAAAGAGAAAGUACAAGAAGAACCCCCAGCAAAACUCUUAGAUGAUUUAUUUCACAAAACCAAAGCUGCCCCCUGUAUAUACUGGCUCCCACUCACUGAAGACCAGAUUCUAAAAAAAGUUGCCGAUAGGGCAGAGCGUGCAAAAGAGAGAGAAAAGCGGCGGAAAGAGCAAGAGGAACAGGAAGAGGAGGAAAGAAAGGAGAGAGCAAAGGAGAGGGAGAAAGAGGCUGAAAGAAAUAGAGAGAGAGCACGAGAGGCUGACAGAGAAAAGAGAAGAGAGCACAGUAGAGAGCGCCCGCGUGAAAGAGAACGGCGGGAAACGAAGAGGCACAGCCGCAGUCGCAGUAGAAGUACACCAGUGAGAGACCGAGGAGGCCGGCGCUGAACACAACCUGCUGAUAACCUCCUGUAUUGACAUCCCAGCCCCUUUAAAAGUCCUGUCCACCAUCAAAAGGGUUAAAAGUGCACCAGUUCACACAGAUGUACAGUAACCUUGUGGUUAAAGAAUUGGUUCUCUUACGGCCCCUACCAAAGGGAAAGGUUUAUUUAAAAUGCAGGAUAUAGCUUCUGUGGUUCCAGAAUAAAUUUUGAAGCUUUUUCCCUGCAAGCCAACUUGUCUGGUCCCUUUUGGUAUGUAAAUUUCCCCCUUCCCCCCCCCCCCCCCUUUUCUUUUUCCCUAUUUUAAUUGUAAACUUCCGGGUGUAGAUUUAACAUACCGGAUGCUUUUGGACAGUUUGUGCAAUGAGGUUUUUCUCCCUUUCCAAUGUUCCCAGUUAACCUUUUAACUGCCUAAUACCGAAGGACAUAUUCAUGGUAGAAAGAAGGUUACUUUAAAUCCUCUGCUCAAGUGGCUUUCACAUGUGACAUCUUCCCCAAUUAAACCUAUUUUUGUUUAUUUUUUUUUUAUUAUAAAUGAAGUGGAUUAUCAGAAAAUAAAAAUCUGAGUUAGUUUUAUCA